AUGCAAUCCCAACAAUCCAAACACUCAGCUGUUGCUCACGACCCUGUGAGCUUUGAAGAGUAUAUACAUUAUGCCGCGCCGAAAACGUCGCAACUCAGCUCGGUGUUCCCGCCGUCGGCAUGCACUUUGGGUCGAAUCGCCUUCAACAGGUACUCAGAUCAACUCUCAGACUUUGAAAUCGUGGCUGUCAAUGGAGAAAGAAUCCCGGUCUCAAUGAGGGUUCUCUUGGACCGGUGGGGGCGGUAUUUUGCUCAUGUUCUUGCACGAGGAUACGUUUCAGCAGCGGAACGCUUUGAGGGGCUAGGAGUCUUGAAGCGUCCCAAUAAUGAGCAGGCCAAUUUUCCAGCCACGCCCUUGGAUGUGCCGAAAUUUCGCAUACCGUUCCAGAACUCCACCGACUCGUUGGUGAAGAACUUGCCACAGGACGACAAGUCGAAACCAGUUGAGUCUCCUGGGUCGUCAUCUUCUGAAAAAAGCGACACUAGACCAUCCUUCCCCGAUACUUUGCUAGAGCUCCAGCUAAGAGACUUGCCACCGCAGCCACCGAAACCAGAGGAGCCGGUUCCGCCGGUUCCCACCACGCAAACAUACAGAAAAUCGCCAAGAGCGUCUUUGCUACAUACGUUGUCAGUCUUGAGAAACAUCCCCGCGUCCAAGUCCCCAAAGACCUCUCCGUAUCCGUCUCCACGAGCCUCGCUAUCAGCGCAGUCUGGACUGCAUGAUAUGCCUAGACCAUCGGAUGCUACAGAGAGGGGCGGUUCCGAUAUAGGCUCCGCGCUCGACCAGCUGCAGCUAGAAAGUCCCUUGAUUCCGAGAAAAUUGUACAUUCCAACCACCACACCUGCAAUCAAGUCAUUUUGCGAAUUCUUGUACACGGGGAUGAUUGGCAACUAUCCCUUGACAAUCAUCUUGGAUAACUUUUUCAUGGCCAAAUACUACGAGGUGCCGCUGUUGUACGAUACUAUCCGAGAGGCGUUGGUUAAAAUAUUGCUGAGGAAGGAGAAAUUAUAUGUGAAUGAUGCCAGGGUGGGGAAAUACACGCAGUUUAUCCCCUCUUUGAAUAAAGGAGAGUUGAACCCGACAUUGAUGCAGAUAUUGUCGGACGUCAUGGCAGAGCAAGAAAAGGAGCAAGAGAAGGACGAGUUAAAGUAUUUGAAUGCGAAUAGAGAAUUGGGCAAACCGGGGUCUCGAAGUUUCUUGUUUGACAAACUGAGAAUCGAGCGCGAAAGCGAUACCGCGACACUAUCAAUGCCAAUCGAGGAGUUGAUGAACCGGGACUCGGCUGUUCCGUUGGACAGCGUGAUUGACGUAAUCCAGGAGGUGUCCAUCUUGGUUGAUGAUAUGAAUUUAUUCUUGCGAACCGCCAACUUGAAAAUCAUGAGGUCAUUGGUAGAUGAAUCGGGGUAG